GCGAGAGGUGUUUUCUUUUCCUCUGGAAAAGAUGAAGGCACUUUCUGCUUACAUGAAGACACAAAUGAUCGAAGGAUUAUGCGGACGGGAAUCCGACUUGAAAAUGCUCCCCUCGUUUGUUACUUCGCUUGCCACUGGAGAUGAAGUGGGGUUGGCUCUUUCGAUUGUGAUGGGAGGGACCAAGGUGCUUGUGGAGAAGAUCCGGUUCAACGGGGGUGUACACUUCACAAUCGAGAAAAAGGUAGUUCGCCCCAUUAGCGAAAGUCUUCGUAGAGGCAGUAGCGAUGAUCUGUUUGGCUUUGUCGCUGACUGUGUAAAAGAAGUAAACCCGGAACAUGGAAUAAAAGCUGGAUUUGUUUUUUCGUAUCCUUGCACGCUCACUUCCCUAAAACGUGGAACUUUAGUGGAGUGGACCAAGGAUAUCAGCGUAGAAGAAUGCAAAGGCAAAGAUCCCUGCGUUCUUCUCCAAGAACAGCUUGAUCGUCGCAACCUGAAUGUAAAGAUCGUCGCGCUCUGUAAUGAUAGUGUUAGUACUUUAGUCUCCCACUCCUACUCCCACACGCGUACCGCGGUGGGUGUGAUCCUUGGCUCUGGCACCAAUGCCGCCUAUGUUGAGCAGAUCGCCAACAUUCCAAAGCUGCACAGCGAGAUCGCCUCGCGCUUUAUGAUCAUCAACAUGGAGUGGGGGGCCCUCGGCGGGCGAAACCCCUCCAUCCUGCCGCUCUCCUCUCUGGACAUCGACAUCGACCGGAACUCGAUCAACCCAGGGAAGCAGCCGCUGGAGAAGAUGAUGAGCGGCUUGUUUUUGGGCGAGCUGGUGCGCUGCUGGAUCGUCCAGCUCCACAGCCGAGGCGAUCUGCUGGCGCCCAUCGACGCGUGCAAUCGGCUUUUCACCGAGCGGCUGUGUUUUGACUCGUCGCUCUGCACAACGAUCUUGUUGGACGACAGCGAGGACCUCACCGAGGUCAGCUCGAUUCUCGAGUCGUUUGGGAUUCGCAAGAGCUCGCAGAAGGACCGCGAGCAGAUUCGAGAGAUCGUCGAUUGCGUGAUUACGCGGUCCGCGCGGCUCAUGGGAGCGUGCUUGUUCACGGUUUUGCAGCACAUGCAGGAGAAUGGAAUGGGAGGAAGCAUUGGCGUGGAUGGAAGUGUGUAUAAGUACGUGCCGGGGUAUAAGGCAAGGAUGAUUAAGGCGAUGAGGGAGUUGGGGAUGGAAAAUGUGGAGUGCGGGAUUGCAGAGGAUGGGACGUCUGUGGGGGCGGCUCUAAUUGGCUAUUAUUCUUCUACUUUAUGGAUGUAG